GCAUGGUUUUCUUUAGUUUUGUUUAUAAAUUUUGCCAUGUUUAUGUCUACUUUUACAGCUGUGGCAUUUCUUGUUGCUCUGCAUCAGAACAAACAGUUAAUUGGAAAAGAUGGCCUUCUCCCAGCACAUAAAUAUCUCAAUAACAUCAAGAACAGAGUUGGCGGAAUAAAGCAAGACAUGUUCAUCAACUGUCCCAGUAUUAUCUGGUUGUUCAACUACAACACACACCUGGAUCAGAUCCUCGACUACCUGGCAUACACAGGCUUGGCUCUGUCUCUGUUUGUUGUGAUACGCGGAGCUGCAAACUGGUUCAUUAUGUUGUCUCUGUGGGUGAUUUACCACUCUAUUGUCAGUGUUGGACAGCAGUGGUUCAGCUUUGGUUGGGAGUCCCAGCUACUGGAGACUGGUUUCCUGGCGAUAUUUCUGUGUCCUGUGAUGAACCUGUCCACCGUUCCACAACACACGCCCACAUCACUUAUUAUCAUCUAUGCAUACAGAUGGCUCAUCUUCCGCAUCAUGUUAGGAGCGGGUCUGAUCAAGAUCAGGGGAGACCAGUGUUGGAGAGACCUUACUUGUAUGAACUAUCAUUAUGAGACCCAGCCGGUGCCGAACCCCCUGAGCUACUACCUGCAUCAGUCUCCUGAACUGAUACACAAGAUGGAGACACUCGGCAACCACUUCAUCGAACUUGUGGCUCCAUUCUUCCUGAUCCUGGGACGGAGAAUGACCAUCAUUGGUGGAGGAAUACAGAUCUUCUUUCAGGUUGUGUUAAUCACCAGCGGUAACCUGAGUUUUCUCAACUGGUUGACCAUUGUUCCUAGCCUGGCUUGUUUUGAUGAUCGCAGUUUAAGUUGGAUGUUCUCUCGGCGUUCUCGGUCUGUCAAGUGUCGGGUAGCCCAGAUACAGCACCAGAUGGAAACUGGAAAAUUGACACCUAAACUGGGGGGUUAUAUCAGGAGAGUUUUCAACAUCAGCUUUGGCCUCCUCAUAGCCUAUCUGAGCAUCCCUGUUGUGCAGAACCUCCUCUCAAAGCGGCAGGCCAUGAACACAUCGUUCGACUCGCUGCGACUUGUCAAUACAUAUGGUGCUUUCGGCAGUAUUACCAAGGUGAGAACAGAGGUCAUUAUGCAAGGGACCUCGAGCAGUGACCCAAACGACCCCAGUGCCAAGUGGCUGGAGUAUGAGUUUAAGUGUAAACCUGGCAACAUCACACGGCGGCCAUGCAUCAUCUCCCCGUAUCACUACAGGAUGGACUGGCUCGCAUGGUUUGCAGCUUUCCAGAAUUACCAACACAACCCUUGGCUGGUGCAUGCUGCCUUGAAGUUUCUGAUCAACGAUGAAGGAACAACGUCUUUGAUUGCUCACAAUCCAUUUGAAGGUCGAGCACCACCAAAGUUUAUCAGAGUGGAACAUUACCGAUAUGCCUAUACCAAAAUUGGAAGCAAGGAAGCCAAGUCUGGAGCCUGGUGGCGCCGUAAACACAUUGGGAACUAUGUCCCGCCAAUAUCACUGAGAGCUGCACGAGACAUUGCCAGACAGAUGGACUGGGACAUACCUAGGUUGAAGAAGAAGUAACCAUGACAACGCUCCAGGGGAAGCAAACUGUGUACUAAUUGAUGAUGCCUACUUCCUGGGCGUGAGAAUAUUGUUUAAGUGGAUUUGGUUCUUUUGAGUUAUGCCUAGGGUGUUUUAUCAAAUAUUGUCAAGCUUUUCUUUAAAUCUACUUGAGGCAGAAAAUGUUUGUAAGAUUAUUUUUAAACUUAUUGAUUUUAUAGUUUUACAGAUAAGACUAUGCUACAUAUUUCAAAAUUAAAAAUAAAUUAAUUUUGAAAUAAUUGUCUUAUUAGUGUAUUUCAGUGAAAACAGUUUUAUUAAGAGUAUAUUUUCAGAAAGAACCCAGGUCCAUCUUUGUGUAUAUUUUGGUCUUGUUCUCUGCUAUAACAUUGCUCUGUAGGGCUGGGGAUGGAACAAUGCAAUAACUUGUUAAGUUUUUGGUUUGAGAAACUACAAGAACAGCAACAUUCCAUACUUCCAGUUUAUAUUUAGACUUUCACUAUAUCUCUCCAAAUGUGUUAUUGAUGCGAUAAGAAAUGUUUUGAGUUCCAUGAUCUCACCUCUGAAAAUGGAACCAGUUGAGGUAAUACAAACCUAGAUAUUGAUAAAAGUGUUUGUAUGCAUUGACCAUAACCAUUAAAUGUGAAAGAGCAAUCUCUUUUAUGUACGUACUUGCAGACAACAGCUGACCAAGCAUUUACACCUAAAUGUGAAACACAUUAAAAUACACACACACUAAAAGUGUCAGUUUCUAUAAUUGCUUCUUGGUAAUUCAGUUGUUGAAUUGGUUGUCAGAACUCUAUGUGUUAAAAGAUCGGGAUCCGGUGGUUACAGUGUGCCAACUGAUUGUUGUUGUUCAUGCUGUCGACCACUGAUGUCUCUGUCCCUGACUGGCUACAUGAGAUAUCAGGGAUAUUGAUGAUUGAGUGUAUAAACAAUAUUUAUUCACUCACUCAUUCUGUCUUUUUAGCUCACUCUACUAUUGAUCGUGUUUUAUCUUGUUUUUCUAUGUCGAGUUUAUGAAAACUUAUUGUGUGCGUAAUGUUAUAUGUUUGUUGUUAUAUUUGUUGAUGAUACAGUCCCAUUGUCCCACUUAUGUCCUACAAUAUGUUGUUGUGGUUGAUGGUUAUAAAAGUUGAUAUCAGUGAGAAAAUGUUUGUGUGUGCAAGUGUUUCAGUGAAGAUGACCACAUAUCUGUAAUGCCAAAAUUAAUAGUCUCAAAGCACUUCAUAAUCCACAGUAUAGUGGUGAAGGUGUGAUCAAAAGUACUAGUGAUGAUAUGAUCCACAGUACUGGUGAAGAUAUGAUCUACAGUACUGGUGAAGAUAUGGUCUACAGUACUGGUGAUGAUAUGAUCCACAGUACUGGUGAUGAUAUGGUCUACAGUACUGGUGAAGAUAUGGUCUACAGUACUGGUGAUGAUAUGAUCUACAGUACUGAUUGUAUGAUCUGCAGUACUGGUAUGAUCUGCAGUACUGGUGAUAUGAUCUGCAGUACUGGUGAUGAUAUGAUCUACAUUACUGGUGGUAUGAUCUGUACAGUACUGGUUGCAUGAUCCACAAUACUGGUCGUAUGAUCUACAUUACUGGUGAUGAUAUGAUCUACAGUACUGGUAGUAUCAUCUGCAGUACUGGUCGUAUGACAUACCACGCAGAGUACUCAUUGUGUGACAUACGAUACUUGUGAUAAAUGAAAAAGACUUCUGAAACUUCAGCUCUGUCUAAUGAAACGUCUGUUAUCAAAACAGAAAGGGACUUUCAUGGAGUUUUGUCGUCAAUAUAGUGUCCUGGAAAUUGAUAUUGUAAAGUGCUAAGAACAUCGGGUAGUGUUUGUUAGAGUUUGUCGCGAAAUGUGCUCAAUCAUUGGUGUAUAUGUUUCAUCGUCAUAAUUUAAUUGAAAAUAAUGGAUUGAUUCCUGAUGAGCUAAUAAACAACGAUACAAAGAAA